CACAUCCCCCAUUUGCGCCUUGUGUGUUUCUGUUUAAAGCUUGUUUUCUUGGAGACUUGGCGUUCGCACUACAUCCAUAAUGGAAAACAGAAAGGAGAUGGUAAUGUUCAUGGAGGGAGGUCAACUUGGCACGCUAGUUGGCAAGAUAGGGCCCAAUUUGUCAGAAGCAGUUGGAAGCCCAGUUCAAGAACCGCAGGAGAAAAUGGUCCACGGGAACAGUUUAAGCCCCAGGUCUGUGCCGUUAUCACGAGAAAGAGGGGAUGAAGAGGUGGAGGAUGUAAGCGGCGGUGCACGCAUUGAUAUCAGGCCGGGCAGAGUUCUUUCUCCAAAGGGCAAACCUCAAUCAGAACUACUUUCUAACAAAGGGCAUCACAGCAGCUCAGACACAGAGUCUGAUUUUUAUGAAGAAAUAGACGUCAGCUGCACUCCGGACUGCAAAUCCGGAAAUAUGGAUUAUUCAAACAGCAAAGGUAAAGACGGUCUAGGUCAGUCCGGGGAUUCCUUGAGUAACCAUGGAAGCGGUGUUGAUGCCGGGAUGAGCAGUUCUCAGAGCUCUGCGGCCUGCGCAGCCGAUCGCCGCUACAGGACAGCUUUUACACGGGAGCAAAUCGGACGGCUGGAAAAGGAAUUCUACCGAGAAAAUUAUGUGUCCAGACCAAGGAGGUGUGAACUGGCAGCUGCCUUAAAUCUUCCAGAAACAACUAUCAAGGUGUGGUUCCAGAAUCGUAGAAUGAAAGACAAGAGGCAGCGUUUGGCCCUGACCUGGCCUCACCCUGCAGAUCCUGCGUUCUACACUUACAUGAUGAGCCAUGCAGCGGCCACCGGGAACUUGCCUUACCCUUUUCCUUCCCACCUGCCCCUUCCGUAUUAUUCACACAUGGCUAUGGGUGCCAGCGCAGCUGCAGCAACUCCUUUCAGCACCCCUCUGAGACCAUUAGAUACCUUCAGGGUCCUGUCUCACCCUUACCCAAGACCAGAGCUGCUGUGCGCAUUCAGACACCCUUCUCUCUACCCUUCACCUGCCCACGGACUCAGCGGCGCUGGGGGAAGCCCGUGUUCAUGCCUAUCCUGUCAUUCUAGCCAGUCUAACGGCUUGUCUCAGAGGUCUUCGGGAGCAGACUUCACCUGUUCAUCCACCAGUAGGACUGAUAGCUUUCUGACCUUUACGCCGUCUGUGCUAAGCAAAACCUCUGCAGUUUCCCUGGACCAGAGAGAAGAAGUACCUUUAACUAGAUAAAACUCGGGUCUUCAAAUUAAAUGCCGCGUAUCCAUGUCAAAAAAUGAAGAAGUUUAAUUUAUUUUACAUGAAUUGUCAUGACCACACUUCAAGAAGGAACCAUUACUAAAAAAAUAAAAUAUCUCUGCUGCUUAGAGGAAUGUACGAACAACAAUAUCCACACAGUCCAACUCUCGGGCAUGAAAACU